AUGAAUACUUAUCAGCGUAUUGGCAUAAGCCAGAUGAACGCCACUGACUGUACAUCCUUCAACCAAAACAUGGAAUAUUACGAAAGUAGACUUAAGACGUUCGAUACGUAUCCAAAACAAUUUCUCCCGAAUAAGUACGAACUGGCAAGCGCGGGAUUAUACUACAGCGGGAAAUCAGACUUGUGCAAGUGUUUCAGAUGUCACAUAAAAUUAAGCGCCUGGGAUAGAUCGGACAUUGCAUUGAGAGAACAUCACAAGUGGUCACCCAAUUGCGAAUAUAUUAAAAUAGUAGGCGCUCCUCAACAAAAACCGCCCCCAAUAGGCGGAUUUGGCGCGUUUGUAUCAACAACUAGGUCAACACCUUGCGGUUUUGGAGGAUUCGGUGGUUUAAGUUCAACGGCAUCUACUGUAUCAAAUUAG